CCGCCGUUCGAAAUUUGAAUCCCCGCGGAACACGAUCGACGAACCGGUUCGUUUGCUCCUCCCCACACCGUCGUGGCCGAAAAGGACAACGGCUACCUCCUCCACCACCCCCACUACUUCACUGGUCCUUCCAUUUUGUCGCUUCCCGUCUCGCCUCGGCUUCGUCUUCUCCUCCUCCAUAUCCCAGUGCCGACCGCGGAGUGCCCCCACACAACCAAAGCGGAAGCUUCGGUCGAGCAGAGCGCGUCUCGUGUUGCGCGGCGCCGAUGGGGGCGUCGGGGAAGUGGAUCAAGUCGCUGGUGGCCAUGAAGGCGCCCGAGAAGGCGGCGGGGCAUAAGGGCGGCCGCAAGUGGCGUCUGUGGCGGACCUCGUCCGCCGCGUCUAGGGCCAGCGCCGGCGAGGGCAGUGCGCUGGCGUCCGAGGCUUCUUCGGCGUCGGCGGACUCGUUCAGUUCGGUCCUCGCCGCCGUGGUCCGCGCUCCCCCCAGGGAUUUCCUGCUCAUCAGGCAGGAAUGGGCCGCCGUCCGCAUCCAGACCGCAUUCCGCGCGUUCUUGGCGAGACGGGCGUUGAAGGCGCUGAGGGGCAUCGUCCGGCUGCAGGCGCUGGUGCGCGGCCGGCUCGUGCGCAAGCAACUGGCCGUCACGCUCAAGUGCAUGCACGCGCUGCUGCGGGUGCAGGAACGCGCCCGGGAGCGCCGAGCGCGCUCCUCCGCCGACGGCCACGGCUCCCAGGGCCAGGACGCGCUCAACGGCCGUGCCAGUUCUAUCAAAGACGCUAUGGAACAAUGGUGUGACCACCAAGGAUCUGUUGAUGAUGUAAGAUCAAAGUUACACAUGAAGCAUGAAGGUGCAGCAAAGAGAGAAAGGGCUAUUGCCUAUGCUCUGUCUCACCAGCCUCGGGGUUCAAAACACAAGGGAAGACCAAGCUCUCCUGCUAGCUGUGUUAGAAGCCAUGAGCCUAAUCACGACUUGAGUUACUUGGAAGGAUGGAUGGCGACAAAGCCAUGGGAGACCAGAAUCAUGGAAGGAAAUCACACCGACUCGCAGCUUGCGAAGAACUGCAAGGAGCAGAACUUGCCUGCCUCCAAGCUUUCCGAUGCUAGCUCAGUCAAAAUCAGAAGAAACAAUGUCACAACCAGGGUAGCAGCAGCGAAGCCACCGCCUCCUUCAUUGCUGUCAGCCUCUUCUUCUGACUCCGUGUGUGACGAGAGCUCUCCAUCGAGAUCAUCGGUGACCCUGACGUCUGCUACCAACACCAUCUUAGCAUCAGAAGCAAGGUCAGACAGUGGCAACAACGCCGGAGGACCGAACUACAUGAGCUUGACCAAGUCUGCCAAAGCGAGGCUGAGUGGCUGCAGCAGCAGCCACCGAGGGUCGUCGUUCCAGCGGCAACGGUCCGGGGACAUGUCAAGGGUGGCCCUGUCUUCAAUCGACACCCAGAGCAACGCAGGCUCGGAGAUUUCAGUCACCUCCAGGAGACUGAACAGCAUGUCCCUGAAAGGCAGCCGGAGCAUGCCGAGAAGCUUGGACAAGGAGAAUGACGUUUGAUCGAUCGAUCAAUGGACAAACAAAUCCUUUAUAACCAUAUAUAUAUAUAUUUGCUGCAGAUAUCAUCAUCCUAGUUUAGUGUGAGUUGUGCACAUCCAAUCGAUGUCCAGAUCCUAAUUUUCUUCUUGUCUGUAGUCUACCGAUAAAUUAUGUAAGUACUUAUUAGCAUGCAAAGGGCAAUUACCUUGCGUUCUAUUUAAGAGUCGUGACGGAUGUUGAUAGUAUCUUA